AAACCUAGAUGAUGUGAAUAAAUUGUAGUUGCAUUGUACUAUAACUUCGGCGUAGUUUCAAGUCUUUGUCGUAUUAUACUGUUUCUUCACAGCGAAUUUGAAUACUUUAUUUAGUAGCCAGGAUGGCUGAUAGUGCAGCAAUAGAAAGGGAAAAGCAUAUGAAACAAUUAAAACGUAGAAUGGAAUGUUGGCGUGAAGUAAUACUUCCACUGAAUUCCAUUCUAUUAUGGGAACGGUCCUGGUACCCUGGCCUUAUAUUUGGAAUUACAACCAUAACAUUUUUUCUAAUAUGGAUGUUGGAACCUGCUAUACUUACAAUAAUAUCUAUAACCCUUCUUAUAUUGGCUUUGGUUGAUUAUCUUGUACCAGUUGUAUUAUCAUUGCUGAGCCCUGUCAACAAAUGGACAGGCCAGAAAGAGAAAAAGUUAAAUGAGAUAUGUCAAAAUUUAUCUGUAACAAUCUUACAGUUACAAAGUUUGUGGAAAUUGUUGUUAAAAACACGAAAUGAUCGUCCCAAUGUGUAUUAUCCAGGCAUAAUACUCUGUCUUGUUCUUUGUAUAUGGAUUGGAAGCACAGUUAAUAACUUGCUUCUAUUUUAUAUUGCAGUGAGUGUCCUUUUACUUACACCAGGAUUCAGACAUAAGGGACGUGCGAUGUCAGUUAGUAUAGCAUAUGUGUGCGAAUUUCUAUUUCACGAAAGACAAUCAUAAUCAUCAUUUUGUAUGUGUUUUCCUCUGACUUUAACUACAAUAAAUUAAUUUGUAAUUUAUUAAUUCAUAGUUAGGGAUAACUAGCUUUUCAGCUUUUUAAACGUACAAGUACUGUAAUAUAAAUUGUGUCUUCAUCUAUUUUCAUCGUUUUAUGUGAUAUUUAAGAUUGCAGUUCGUUUUACACGCACUUUUAUAAAUAUAAAUACACUUCCACAUUAUUCUCCAUUCAUCGAUAACAAUAAAAUUAUUUCAUCUUU